CUUCUCCUCACACCUCACCCACCUCCCUAAAUCUCUUACAUUUUUCCAUUUCAUUCAUUCUUUCUUUCUUUCUUUCUUUCUUUUUUAACUAUGGCAGCUCUUCAGGAGAUUCAAGGCAGCUUGUGCCAAACCCCUAAUGAUCCACUCAACUGGGGGAUCGCUGCCGACUCCCUCAAGGGAAGCCAUCUUGAUGAGGUGAAGCGCAUGGUGGAGGAGUACCGGAGGCCUCUUGUCAAGCUUGGUGGUCAAACCCUCACCAUUUCCCAAGUGGCUGCCAUUGCUACUAGGGACUCUGAUGUAACUGUCGAGCUUUCUGAGUCUUCCAGAGCUGGUGUUAAGGCCAGCAGUGAUUGGGUUAUGGAGAGUAUGAAUAAGGGGACUGAUAGCUAUGGUGUUACUACUGGCUUUGGUGCUACCUCCCAUAGAAGAACCAACCAAGGUGGUGCUCUCCAAAAGGAGUUGAUUAGGUUUUUGAAUGCUGGCAUUUUUGGAAGUGGAGCAGAGUCCGAUCAUACUCUGCCCCAUUCCGCUACCAGGGCGGCCAUGUUGGUCAGAAUCAAUACUCUUCUUCAGGGCUACUCGGGUAUUAGAUUUGAGAUUUUGGAAGCCAUCACCAAACUCUUGAACCAUAAUGUCACUCCUUGCUUGCCUCUUCGUGGAACCAUUACUGCUUCUGGAGAUCUUGUUCCUCUGUCUUAUAUUGCUGGAUUGCUCACUGGCCGACCCAACUCGAAAGCGGUUGGUCCAAAUGGAGAACGUCUUGAUGCAAAGGAGGCUUUCCAACAAGCUGCUAUUCCUUCUGGGUUCUUUGAAUUGCAGCCUAAGGAAGGGUUGGCUCUUGUUAAUGGCACUGCUGUUGGCUCUGGAUUGGCUUCUAUCGUUCUGUUUGAGGCUAAUAUUUUGGCUGUUCUGUCUGAGAUUUUGUCCGCCAUCUUUGCUGAAGUUAUGCAAGGCAAACCUGAAUUUACUGACCAUUUGACCCAUAAGUUGAAACAUCAUCCCGGUCAAAUCGAGGCAGCUGCAAUCAUGGAACACAUUUUGGAUGGGAGUUCUUACAUGAAAACGGCUCAGAAGUUACACGAAAUGGAUCCCCUCCAAAAGCCCAAGCAAGACCGUUACCAAGACCGUUACGCUCUUAGAACUUCACCCCAGUGGUUGGGUCCAUUAAUUGAAGUCAUUCGUUUCUCGACAAAGUCAAUUGAGCGAGAGAUCAAUUCAGUCAACGACAACCCUUUGAUUGAUGUCUCAAGGAACAAGGCUUUGCAUGGAGGCAACUUCCAAGGAACCCCAAUUGGAGUAUCCAUGGACAACACUCGUCUGGCCAUUGCUUCAAUUGGAAAGCUCAUUUUUGCACAAUUUUCAGAGCUUGUGAAUGAUUUCUACAACAACGGACUACCUUCAAAUCUCUCUGCAAGUAGAAACCCAAGUUUGGAUUAUGGGUUCAAAGGUGCGGAGAUCGCCAUGGCUUCCUAUUGCUCUGAGCUUCAAUAUCUAGCAAACCCCGUAACAAGUCAUGUCCAAAGUGCUGAGCAACACAAUCAAGAUGUCAACUCUCUCGGUUUGAUUUCUUCCAGAAAAACCGCUGAGGCAAUUGACAUUUUAAAACUCAUGUGUUCCACGUUUUUGGUUGCUCUAUGCCAAGCAAUUGACUUGAGACAUUUGGAGGAGAACUUGAAGAGCACCGUGAAGAGCACAGUGAGUCAAGUAGCCAAGAAAGUUCUCACCACAGGUACUAACGGUGCACUUCACCCAUCAAGGUUUUGCGAGAAAGAUUUACUAAAAGUGGUGGACAGAGAAUACACCUUCGCCUAUGUGGAUGAUGCAUGCAGUGCCACUUACCCAUUGAUGCAAAAACUGAGACAAGUUCUAGUGGAUCACGCUUUGAAAAAUGGGGAAGAUGAGAAGAACACAAGCACUUCAAUCUUUCAAAAGAUAGGAGUUUUCGAGGAGGAACUAAAAGCCAUGUUGCCCAAAGAAGUGGAAAAUGCGAGAGUAUCGUAUGAAAACGGAACGUCAGCCAUUGAGAACCAAAUUAAAGAAUGCAGAUCCUAUCCGCUAUACAAAUUUGUGAGGGAAGAGCUAGGAACGGGGUUACUGACCGGAGAGAAAGUGAUAUCUCCGGGAGAAGAAUGUGAAAAGGUAUUCACAGCUCUUUGCCAAGGAAAGAUGAUCGACCCGAUUCUCGAGUGUUUGAAGGAAUGGAAUGGUGCUCCAAUCCCCAUUUGCUAGUUCAAUUUACUCAACAUAAAAAAUAAAAAUAAAAAAGGCCUUAGCCUUAUUUGCCUUG